AGAGUCUCGGCUGCUUCACCUACUGGGGCGGGUCGCGCCCUGCAUUAUGGGGCCCAUGGUGUUGAGAUGGUCAGUCACACAGACUCUGGACGUGAAGCGGCAGCUGGACGCAGGGGUGAGGUACCUGGAUCUGCGGAUUGCACACAUGCAGGGCGGCUCUGAGAAGAAUCUGCACUUUGAACACAUGAUCUACACCACUGCGUUGGUGGAGGACACCCUCACAGAGAUCUCCGAGUGGCUGGAGUCACACCCCCAUGAGGUCAUCAUCCUGGCCUGCAGAAACUUUGAGGGGAUGACAGGAGACUUGCAUGAGUACCUCAUAGACUGCAUCAAGAACAUCUUCGGGGACUCACUGUGUCCGCGCGGGGACAUCCCUACGCUGCGGCAGUUGUGGGCACAUGGCCAGCAGGUGAUUGUGUCCUAUGAAGAUGAGACCUGUGUGGGUCGCCAUGCAGAGCUGUGGCCUGGGAUCCCUUACUGGUGGGGAAACCAGGUGAAGUCCCAGGCGCUGCUGCAGUACUUGGAGACCAUGAGGAGCUGCGGUCGCCCAGGUGGCCUGUUUGUGGCUGGCAUCAAUCUCACAGAAAACCUGCCCUAUGUCCUCUCGCACCCAUCCGGGUCCCUGGAGAUGCUGACACGGCCCAACCUUCAGCUCCUCAUGGCGUGGGUGCGAGCACAGCAGCCAGGGCCCGGAUCAGGCUGCACCAACAUCAUCGCUGGGGACUUCGUGGGCUCCAACAGCUUUGUGGGUGAAGUCAUUGGGCUCAACCAGAAGCUGCGGUGACAACAACCCGAGAGCAGGGGCAGGGUCAUGGGGGUCACAGUCAAAAGGAUCACGGAGGUCAGAGUCACUGAUCUCUCCUGUCAUCCCCUAGAAAAACCUGAGGCCCAUGUGAGUCAGUCUGUGCCACAUCCUGGUCACUCUGGUCACACUCCA